CACAGAGGCUUGUCAGAAGAAGAGGUGACACGUCUUUGUGUUCGUAGACACAGGGUUGGCCAGAAUGGAUGACAACAACACAACAAACCACGCCCAACUAACUCCAAAUGGAUCAGUCAUGCAUGUUUUGUCCUCUGAUGACAUUGAAAUUCUAGACGAUGGAAAGACCGUCAGAGAUUUCAUAGACAGUAAAAUAGAAGAGCUUGGCUCAGCAAGCAAUGAAGAGCUGUUCUACGUGGCAAACCUUGACAGUAUUGUAGAGAGGCACCUCCGCUGGAUUUCCAACUUACCUCGGGUCAAGCCUUUCUAUGCAGUAAAGUGCAACAACACACCAGCAGUUAUCAGGAUGCUGAGUGCUCUAGACACAGGUUUUGACUGUGCCAGCAAGGCUGAGAUUGAGCUGGUUCUGUCCCAUGGAGUGACACCUAACAGGAUCAUUUAUGCACAUCCAGCUAAACCACUGUCCCACAUCCGCUACGCCUGCACUCAUGGAGUUGAUUUAAUGACGUUUGACAGCAAAGAUGAACUUGUAAAAAUCUCUCGUCAUCACGCCCAAGCCAAACUGGUGCUACGCAUUGCAGUGGAUGACUCCGAGUCACUGGUAAGACUCAGCUCAAAGUUUGGAGCCAGACUGGUUUCCGUUGGUGGGCUGCUGGAACAUGCUAGAAAGCUGGAGUUGGAGGUGAUUGGAGUCAGCUUCCAUGUAGGCAGCGGGUGCACUGGAAGUUUGGCCUUCAAGCGAGCUAUAGCAGAUGCCCGAAAUGUCUUCGAUGUAGCGAAUUCAGCAGGCUUCCAGAUGAGCCUCUUGGAUAUUGGUGGAGGGUUCUUUGCAAGAGAGGACUUUCAUGUGAAAUUUGAGGAGUUUUCAGAUGUCAUUAAUGAAUCACUGGAUAAAUUUUUUCCACCUGACAGCGGGGUGACGAUUAUAGCAGAACCAGGCCGGUACUACAUGGAAUCAGCCUUCACACUGGCAGUCAAUGUCAUCGCCAAAAGAGUUGACGACAUGGACGAACACUGCAAUGAUGAGGAAAACCACCCUGACAGAGUGAUGAUGUACUACAUUAAUGAUGGAGUGUAUGGCUCCUUGAAUUGCCUCGUCAACGAUCCUGCUCACAGCAGCGUUGAACCAUAUCUUCACAAGGCUGUGGUUGACAGCGAGCCAAAGUACCGCUCUGUUAUCUGGGGUCCAACCUGCAACAGCUUCGACAAAGUCUCCGAUGGCUGCUGGAUGCCCGAGUUACAAGUGGGGGACUGGCUUCUAAUCGACAACAUGGGCGCUUAUUCGACUUGUUUGACCACAGACUUCAAUGGCUUUGAAAAAGCGCACAUUUACAUAGUUGUGUCAGCUAAAACAUGGCAUGCUGGAAACUUGUUUUGCACCUAGGGCAUUAGCUUCAUGGGACAGCCUUGUGAGUGUGGUUAAGAGUCUUUAGUUAGUGUCUUUAGUUGCUGUUUUUUUAGGGUGUGAAAACUACAUUUUUUAGCAGUACAUAUAAUUUUGUUGAUGACUUCCACUUUCUUAGAAAUGACAACUCUCACUUACGUCCGAUGAGGCUAAUAUGUGUGCGGAGGCACAGUAAGUGUGGUUUGUUACCACAAUGUGUUACCCACCCUGUUUGUAGAAUCAACUACAACUUCGGGGUGUGCAAACCAUCCAGUUUUGGUAUUUGUAUCUGUAUUUGUAUUUGAAUAAAGUUCAAAAUAGGUGUAAAAAAUUUUUUUUUUGAGUUACACAUCUAAUUCAGGAUAUGCAUGUGUAAAAAUACGUAUUCCUUAAUUAGUCUUUAUAAUAAUUAUGGAUGUAUAUGCAAUAUUGGUUGAUGGUUUUGCAUUAAAGUCUGAUUAG